AUGUCGAAAUCAGUGGGCCCGGUGUUUGAGAUCGACGGCCAUAUCAUCGAGCCCGUGACGUUGGACAGAUCAUGGAAUACCACAACGGUUAACCAGCUGCUUGGGCUACCCGGAAUGUUUUCGACUUUUGACAAGCCGCAGCUAAGAAAUUUGCGGAUUAUUGCGAUCACGGCUUCAGUAUUGUCGAUUAUCGCUGGCGUACUCGGCCUGCAUUUUUUCACCGGCAUCCAUCGCAGCCGACGUGUAUUUCGACACUAUCUGAUCUUCUACCUCGUCGUGUGCGAUUUUUUGAAGGCGCUGGUUUUGAUGAUAUAUCCAAUCAUAAUCCUAAUUCGAAACGACAUCUACGGUAUCCCCGCAUUUUACAACACCUUGGGCUGGCUGACGCUUUUCGCAAUCGAGGGCGCAGACAUAGCCAUAGCAAUCUUCGCGGUUCACUUCGCCAUUCUCAUUUUUCGCCCGAACUGGAAGAGACUGAAUCACAAAACGGGCAACAUCGAGGGCGGACUUUUCCCCGUGAGACAUUUCCUUUACGCCGUGACGCUUGUCGUACCGGCCAUACUUGCGAGUCUGGCGUUUGUGAAUUUUGACAAGUUCUGGCCCGUGAAUUUAAAUGACCACGUAGUAUUGGACAACAACAAUUUUGGCUUCACAUAUCAGGGACGCGUGGGUGGCUACAAGGCACUCAGUGCUUGGUGUUUUCUGCCUCCGGUCCCCUAUUGGUAUAGACUCGUGUUAAGUUGGGGUCCGAAGUACUUCAUCAUAAUUUUGAUCUUCACUGUCUACAUCAGCAUUUACGUUUAUGUCUCGAAGGAAAACAGGAAAAUCAAGAGCCAACUUGGCGAGUUCAGGGGCGGGCUGAAUAGUAUUGACAUUCACAGAGAAACUGACAGCAAGGGAAGGCUUCUCACAGUAAGACAGAAGCUGGUUCUCUAUCUCAAGUUCGGCUUUAGAAAGUCAGGUCUGAAAUUCUUUCUCGAUGGCCUCGAGAGGUUUCUGUCCAUGACUCUGGUUGAUGAUCAUGAAGAGAAAUUAGGUGUGAGGGGAGAGAAAAAAGGAAACGGUCGCGCUCAUACGGCCGGUUUGACUCCUGCCCGAAGUGCCAAUAGCUUUAUUGAGGAUGAGUUUCGAGAGCAUGGAUUUAGCGCCCCACCGACGGGUAUUAAAAGCGUCACCUCACAAUCAAACGACUAUCAGAAUAUUUUCUCUGAUACCCACCUGAUCGCAGAACAUAAUCUCGGUCCUAGGGAACCACAUGAAAACAUCUUUGAUAGUCCUUUGACGGUUUCUCCUUGGUCCAAAUCCAAAAGUAUCGCACCAACUCCUCAUCACGUCGCCAGUAAUAUUGGAAAAACGCAACUGGAAUUCGAAAGGCAACCUGAACAUGGUGUAGUUGAUCCGACUGAUUCUCCAGAAGGCAAAAGACAAGCAAAACUUUCAGGUCCUAGACGUAAGAGCCACUCGGCUCAGGAUUUUUUCCCAAACCAGCAACCUCGUAGCCAGGAGGACUUGCUGCCCUUUGAGGCAAAUACAAUUAUGAUAGGGGACGCUUUUAGGGAAAACGAGAACGAGGAUGCAUGGCUGCAUGGCAAUAAUGCAAACACCGAAGCUGUAUCUUCUCUCAAAGAGGCCACAAAAAGCGUCAAUCCAAAUCAUCUGCUAGAUUUGAAACAAAAUUUUCAAUUUGAUACUUACCAAAACUUUAAAAAUCGGCGAUCCGUGAUUCAAAAACAGCUUCGAUCAAUUUUCAUCUAUCCCUUUUCUUACAUUGUUAUAUGGACUUUUCCCUUGGUAGUCGACUGCAUUCAAUACCGCUACGAAAUUGUUCACGGUCCUGUCGUUUGGUUGGAAUAUAUCGCGACUUUUAUGCAGCCACUAAGCUGUGUAGUUGAUGUUAUGGUAUUUCUUUACCGCGAAAAACCAUGGCGGUACUCAUGGAAAGCGGUUACGACCAAAGAAUUGAUCAAUAUAUAUGGGCUGAAGGGAGAAAUUGGCGAGGAGGAGAUACGAAAAUUGUGUUUCAGCAACUCUGGACGAAAAGGUUGGUAUUAUCGCGGGAGAUGGUCGAAGGCAAACUGUUGGCGCCACAAACCUCAACGGUGGAAAAGAAUGGUUUGGAUUUUAUUUCGAUGCAUCAAGGGAUUUGUCAAUAAGAAUUAUACUUUCGAGGACAAUUGCAACGAUAUGGCUUACUGGGAUGACUAUUACUCAGGAAAAGACAUUACCAAUGGGAGGUUAUCGCGGGAUACUAGCUGUACGUGUGCCUUGAAAGAGAUCAUUAAUGCGCCUGACAGUCGAGGAGAGUCUAACAUAUCGUCAUCCACAGACGAAGGAAUCUUAGAAUCCUUCAAGAGACCUUAUGUACCAAGAUACUGGAAACUUCUCCAUUUACUUCCAAUGUCACAUGGCAUAGACCUAGACGAACUGGACCGCUAUUUGCGACUUAAUAAUAAAUGUAACCCGUACGAGAUUCCUGGUUUACAGAUCGCCUUGAACACCAGUACGGAACACACAAGAGCAAACGAUGAGAACAUCAUAUUCAAGCCUGGUUACGAAUUAUCGGAACGUAACUCUAAGAAAUGGCUGCAGCCCAGCAAUACAUCUCAGUCUAGUCCAGGUACGCCAAAAUCCAAGUAUUCUUUGGGGAAUAGCGCUUCGGGAAUUUUGGCUGAGUCAAAUUCGGGACAUGAAAUGCACGAGCUCAAAAAAAAUAACAACGGUACCAAACACAAGUCCGAGCUUGAAUCCAGUGAAAACGAUGAGGACGGGUCCUCUUCUAAAGAGCUAGAUUUGAUGGACUUUUUAAAAAAUUGA